AUGCCAUUGAAGGAUGAGUCUGUAGCCCAGCUAAAGAUUAAGCUAAAUAAAGAUAAGAGACACAGCCAACCUGUGCUUCCAGGUCAUUCAGGGGACCAUUUCUUCAGCCACCAAGAACGGCAUGCUCAAGUCCCAUCACAAGGCAAACUUCUGAGCAUUUCAGGUCAAAAUAAGUCAAGUACAUCUUUGCAAACUUGUGAACCGUGGAAAGCCAAUCCUAGAUACUUCAGCUCGAUUCAAGUAUCCAAACUGGCGUGCUUUAAGAUCCUGGGGCAUGCUUUACGAGGAGGGUCUAUGGAGAUCAUGGGAAUGCUAGUAGGUACCACUAGAGGGGACCAGAUCAUAGUGUUGGACUCUUAUGAACUACCGGUGGAAGGCACGGAAACCAGGGUUAACGCUCAAAGCGAAUCUUACGAAUAUAUGGUUCAAUAUAUGAGUGAAAUGGUCCCAAAAUCACAGACUAUAGUUGGAUGGUAUCAUUCUCAUCCCGGUUAUGAUUGCUGGUUAAGUAAUAUCGAUAUGCAUACCCAAGAUUUGAAUCAAAAUUAUCAGGAUCCAUAUGUCGCCAUCGUAGUUGAUCCCACAAAGAGCUCAAAGGAAGGAUCUUUAGCAAUUGGCGCGUUCAGAACUUUCCACACUGAAGGCAACAACGAUGACGAGUCACUUGCAUUUUAUGAGCUGAACAUGGACAUUUUUGAAUCACGCUUGGAUGAGAGCUUCGAUGCUCAGGAAUUAAAAUUCAAAAUGCCAAAGGUGAAUCAAGAGAGCGAGUCAUUGCCGAUGAGCAGAUUAGUAGACAUAAUGAGUCAAUGGAAUAAUUUGAAUCAAGUGCGAAAUAAUUCCUUGCAUCACAAGAAGGAUACACUGACACUAUCCAAUUUGACCAAAAAGAUGGGUGAGGAAGAUUGCGAGGCUGAUCAGCAGUCCAGGCAGUACAACAUGUUUAACAGGCAGACCCGAUCAAACUCUGUAGCGAGCAUGAAAACUUCUGCUGAGGAGGACAGCGACGUAGAUAUGAAUGAGCGGCAUCCUGAGGAUACCGAAAGCUUAAACAGUAGUGUGCACACCAUGACCGAGUCCUCGACUCCGCUGGGACGCCCAAUGGCUCCACCUGUAGUGGGCACAAUAAGGAGAUCAUGGACUCAGGCGCUUAGCGGCGGACUUCAAAGGCAACAUAUAAACACAGGCAGCGUCAUUAAUGGACCGGAGACAUUGCAGCGAGAUGCGCUACUAUUGGAUUACGACACUAAUAAAAGAGAUUUGAUUGAACUCAAGACAAGAGAGUACAGAAAGCUGCGUUACUGUCGAGACACUUUUACGCUGUAG